AUGCCGCCAAUUCUGGAAUACGGUGAUAAAAUUAUCAUGCCUGCUUCAGCUCUAGAUCGACUCGCAAGUAUGAACAUAGAAUAUCCAAUGCUAUUUGAACUGAGAAAUUCUUCUGCUGAUAGAACGACUCACUGUGGAGUUUUAGAAUUCACAGCUGACGAAGGGACUGUGUCCUUACCAAAUUGGGUAUAUAACUAUAUAUCUUUUCCUUUCAUUGUUCAUAUUCAGUAA